AUGGGGCAUUCAUCGGGGGUGGACGGAGGCGAGUCAUCCGAUGAGCGAGUUGGUGCUCUCGAACAAACUCUUCAGUCGAUCGGUGAACGAUGGCGGACGGUGUGUGAAUGGGCUGAAGUGAGGGCAUCACAACUGGAUGGCCUUGCUGAACUCUGUGCUCACACCGUAGAGGUGUUUGAAACACUCAACGUUUGGCUCAAAGAGAGAGAACAUGAGCUUUUGGGACUGAAAUCUGCGCACCACCUCGAAGAUUCUGAACAAGUCGCCGAACAGGUACGAAAACUGCAACGUGCUGAGGCAGCUCUGGAAGCCGAGCAUGGUUCGUUUGUGCGGUUAUCGCAGUUGAGCUGUGAACUUGUGGCUCGUCUUGAAAAAAGUAACGGUGCUGCCGCAAACGAAGUACGUCGACGUCUUGACACCGUCACACAACGAUGGGAUAAUCUAGUGGCAAGGAUCGAGGAACACAGCAGAACGCUGGUCCAAAGCGGCAAAGCAGACGUGCGUCAACUGAGGGACAGAGUUGAGCCGUUGGCCAGCUCGUCCGGAAUUGAACAGGUUACGAAAGCGGAUCGGGUUGUGAAACCCAGUGAGGUACACUUCGCAGAUACCUCGUUCGAAAGCUGA